AGUUCAGCUGUAGACUUGGACGGAAGAAGUACAUGAAAUCAGUUCUCCCGCAUUAUCUCUUCAGAUAAUCUCAGAUGGCACAGUUUGUGAAGAAGUGGAUAGUGAUUUGCGCAAUAAUUUGUUUUAAAAACAACUCAAUUGAGGCCCAAGAAAAUACCCUAACGAUGGCGUCAACUGAGCCUCUGGCUUCCAGUUUGGAGGAAUGGGCUACGGCCUUCUUGAGCUUCCUAAACGAUGGAAACUACAACAACCCGGAAUCGUCAUCUCAACUGUCCGUCCGUAACCUAGAAAAUCUCUACAGGCUGCUCUUUGUUCCCGAACAACGCGGCGAACAGCAGACGGUGUUCGGGCAACCGCCUUCGCCUAAUGACGUCAUCAAGCAACUGUUGGACUCGGGAAAGCUAAUUCAAGACGAUAAUGGCAAGGUCCAAUUUGGGCAGCCUCCUCCUUCAGCGGCUCAUAAGUGAUUUCGAUCUUUGCCUUGGUCAGGGAACACUUCUGACUUUAUGACCACUCAACAGUAUUGACACCAACAAAAUAUCGAUUAAAUUAAAUAAACUUGAAUAAUUUUUAUACUAGUCACUCAUUUUGCAGGAGAAAAUAACAUAUUCUCAAACACGUUAGCAUUCGAUUUAAGUGCAUCAGACUCAUGAUAUACGUAGUCGACCUUUGCUUUGAUGGGUUUUCAAUUGGAGCAGUGAAUUAACCUUCCACUGGGGCAUCAACAUUUGUAUCGCCAGAGACCGAAAACUUUCAUUAAUUGGCUAAUGAAGGAAGAACAGAAGGAAUGUGGAGGCGAAUGAAGACAAAUGACAUUACAUUGCUUGAUUCAUAUAAAAAAUACACGUUUGAAUACUUUCAGAAUAUAACGACAUAUUAUUACUGUUAACAGUGUUUAAAAUUACGACGUUAUACUUACCUCCUUACGUCAAUAUUUUCUCUUUCAUUUAAUUAAAACAGAUGACCUUGGAACUGAAAUAUGCUCGAAGAGAACCAGUUGCUGUAACAGUAAGGUAUCAAAAAAGAACAUGAUAAUCUAAC